GUUAAUGAAAAAUUUCGCCAAAUGUUAAAUGUUUUUUGAAAAUACGGCGUUCGGAAAAAUGGGUCGUAACAGCGGCAAAAGGUUUUAAACUUUUGCAUACUAUUUCGCUGUGCCUGGGCUGGACAAGAACGAAACACCACCGACCUAGAGAAAAUAGUUUAAGAAAUUUUUUCCAGCCUGCUAGCGGAGCUGUCAAGUGGAAAUUUUGAUUCAGUGUUAAAUGUCAAAUUACCGAAUGCGUUUAAGAGUGAAGAUGUAAUAAUCUAUCUGUGAAAAUGUAAUAAAAUGAAAGGGUAACUAUUUCAAUAUUUCAGUUUUAGCUCCCUCUACAUUCGUGAUGGUCCAGUGUGCUGUUCUUCUUGCGCUCUGUGUAUCAAUCGAGUGUGUACUUGUUACGGCGGGAAAACACAAAGUCAAAGACAAAGAAAACAGCAAAGGUUAUAAGAAAACAUUACAAGAGGAAUCUCAGACGGUCACAAGAACCUCCUCUGUACCAGAUAUAUUACGUGAAGCUGUUGAUAGCGGAUGGCUCGACAAAAAUGCAUUGAACAGAAUCGAGAAUAGGCAAACCCACAAAGUUGAGGGUUACUUCAUGAGCAGCGAUACAAGUGUUUCUCAAGAUGAGAGGGAUAUCGGAGUAAAAGCCCUACAACUUCACAACGUGUUCCGUCUUAUCCAUCAUUCACCCCCAUUAACCUGGUCGAAUGCGCUUGGCGCCGCAGCGAAGAAUUUGGCACGUCAAUUGGCGGAACAAAAUGCCCAAAUACGAGAUACAAUCCCGGCGCUUAAUAUCUCUGGUAUGAACUUCCGAGUGUAUGGCUCGCGAUCAAACCUCGGAGGAGUAAUUGAUAACACAUACGGGGAGAACACGUUGAAAUUAACAAACGUUCCUUAUCACUGUGACUACGGGGUACAAGAGGCGACUAAGCGGUGGUACAAUCAGGGACAGCAUUUUAGUUUUUCCUCACCUCAGGUGGAUAAGGAAACAUCCUCGUUCACGCAGUUACUUUGGAAGAAAAGUAAACAGCUGGGAGUUGGCUGCGCGGAAAAAAAUGGUCUUCUCACACACGAUCUGUAUAUUGUUGCAUUGUAUAAUCCGGCUGGGAACGCCCUUCCAGAGAUCAGAGAUAACGUACAACGACCUGGGAAAACACAUGACGUUUACGGUGAUAUUUACUAAGAAUCAAGUGGAAACAUUGUAUAACCCAAUUCGCCUUUCUCACGAUGACGAAUAUCCGCCAUUUUUACCAGGUACCCCCAAAAUGGCG